ACCUGCCGUGUCUCCUAUCCCUCGACCUUUGCCUGCCAGGGAUCCACACGCUCGCCUCCGCUUUCUACGCAAGCUCUUUUCCUCAUCUUUUCGUACAGAUGCGGUUCUCACCGACGAGCCUCGUGAUCCCCUGGAUUUCUCUGCUACAUUGCCUCUACCUCGUGCACUUCCAAAACAUGGCGAUAAUGCUCGACACACACCAGCACCAUUCACCACCCAAUCCUCCACCAUCGAUACUUCCCCAACCCUCAAAUCCCACUUACAUCGACUAUCAACUUGGUGGCCCCUUCAGACAAAUCAUGCAUCACCCGCUAUCGUCGAUGUUCCUCUCGCGCCGGGUAGACUGCGGUACGCUGCAGCGGGUGCUCCCGGCCCUGAAGAUGACCUCAUACGCGACGAAGACUACAUUCCUCCUCCUCCUUCCCCCAAUCCCGGCUCACGCCUAUGGAUUGGCAACUCCGGACAGCAUGGAAGAAGCCGGUUCUGUUUCUGCUUCUAACUGAAUUUGAUCGGGUAUCUCAUUACUGUAAUUGUUGCUCGCCAUAUGCGU